AAAAGGGAGAUAGAUAGUAGUAAACUGUAUAAAACUUUGAGCGAGUAGGGCCGUUUCUUUCUACACUUUCCUCGAAUUUCACCACAGCAUCGUCCGUCCGCGGCGUUUUUUUGUUCUCCCCUCAGAAACUACAUCCGAGAUAAGAGUGUUCUUUGAUACCCGCAGCAACGGGAGCGACUUCAACUUCAAACCAAGUUUACUUUGGCAUUUUCUGAAGACUGCAUGCUGGAGCUUGAAGGUGACUUCCUGUAGACCCACACAGAGAGGGAACGGUUCGCCUUCGUCACACUGGAAGGAUAAUAAAAUGGCGAGAAGAUCCCACAUCCCCUUCUUACUCCUCGCAAUAUUUUGUCUUGCAUCUGCAGGGCCUUUGUCUCGCAGCCCAUGUGAGCUGCUGCCGGUGGGGACGGGACACCCGGUGCAAGCUGUCCUCAAGAGUUUCACCGCCCUCUCAGGGUGUGCAAGCAGGGGAACCACCAGCCUGCCCCAGGAGGUCCACAUCAUUAACCUCAGAGGGCAUGCUCCAGAGGGACCAGACAACACUCCGGCAAAAGUUGAGUUACACCUGAAGCCCAUCCAGUCCAUGCUGCACCACCAGAAGCCUCUGGUCUUCGUGCUCAACUCCCCCCAACCGCUCAUCUGGAAUGUCAAGGCAGAGAACCUGGAGCUGCGCAUCAAACACAUCUUUCAUGUGUCUGAAGGCUCAGAGGUCUACUUUAAGCCGGAAAACUUCUCUGUCUUCACUCAGAUCAAGAAGGAAACCCUUCCCCACGGCAAUGAGCACCUACUCAACUGGGCCCAGAAGAAGUACAGUGCAGUCACCUCUUUCUCUGAGCUCAGGAUGGCUCAAGCCAUCUACAUCAAAGUCGGAGAAGAUCCAGUGUUUCCUGACACCUGCAGAAUUGAUACCAAGUUCCUGUCCUUGAACUACCUGGGCAGCUACGAGGAGCCGCAGACAUCGAAGGGUUGCGUCCUGUCCGUGCCCAACAAAGAACGAGAAGUCCACAUCAUCGAGCUCCAAGCCCCCAACUCCAGCAGUGCUUUCCAGGUGGAUGUCAUAGUUGAUCUACGGCCUCUGAAGGACGAUGCCCCGGUGUUUCGUGAUGUUGUCUUGCUGCUCAAGUGCGCCAAGUCUGUCAACUGGGUCAUCAAACCCCACAGUGUGACUGGAAAUCUGAAUGUCGUGGCUUCUGAUACCGUGAGUGUUAGCUCACAGAUGUCCGUGUCAAAACUGCCGAAGCAGCACUUGCCAUCAGGUCCUCAAGCCUUGAUCAAGUGGGCACAGGAGCAUGGCUACAGUCCAGUCACGUCUUACACCAACACUCCUGUGGCUAACCACUUCAAUAUUCGCCUUAGAGAGCCAGAUGUGGUGGAUCUUCUGGAGAGUCGCUUGCCUCCCGAACUCACCAUCCUGCGUGACUCCAGUCCUCAUCCUGAACCUGGGACUGCUCUGCGACGCUCUGGUCUGCCCUUUCCAUUUCCCCCAUCUUCGCCUGACGUGCCCUACCUGCCACUGCCCCCGGACUUUGGCGACCAGCCGUGGGACGGAGCAUCGGAGGUGCAGCAGGCCAUUCUGAGCGGCCUCAGUGUGCAUUGUGAGGCCAAGAGAAUGGUGGUCAGCAUUGCCAAAGAGAUCCUGGAAGCAAACGGAUUUACAAAUGCCAGCCUCGCCCUCCAAGACCCUGAAUGCAAAGCAACAGUCAAUGCCACCCACUACACACUGGAAAGUUCUCUGACUGGCUGUCAGACCACCGUAUUCCCCAUGCAAAACAGCCAAAUGGUCCUCCACAUCAACACUGUUGUGAUAAGUCAUGCCGAGGACGGGAGUGGUGGACCUAUGGAUUUUGAGGAUCGGGAAUCUGGGGACGUGGUGAUCCCGGGGCUCCCAGUGGCGUUAGAGAAAACAUUUUCAGAACCAAGACAGCACCCGACCAUCGUAGAGUUCAAUUGCACAUACAAAAAGCCAGAGGAAACCCCCCAAACAUACAUUCCCAAGAUCCCAAAGCCACCGGUCAACAACAUGACGUUUAACAUGGAGCUGUACAACACACAACUGUUCAACCAUCCUUCGCACCAGGCUUUCUUCACCGUCUCACAAAACCAGCAAGUGUUUGUGGAGGUCACAUCAGCGGCAUCCGACCCAGAGCUGGGGUUCACCAUCAUAUCAUGCUUCAUUUCUCCCAACUCCAACCCCAGCGUGGCCUCGGACUACAAACUCAUUGAGACGGUUUGCCCCACGGAUGACUCCGUCAAAUACUACCCUCAGAGGGACUUCCCCGUCCCUCACGUUAAGAUGGAUAAGAAACGCUUCAGCUUCAUCUUCAACUCAAAGUUCAACAUGUCCCUUCUCUUCCUGCACUGCGAGAUGUCUUUGUGCUCAAAGAGAUCCCAGGGGAAGCAAGAACUACCACUGUGCUUAAAACCCAGUGCGCGCUGUGAUUCUCUCUCAUUGGACAACAUCUUGGCCAUGGCGAUGAACACCAAGGUGUCCACUAAGCCGCUGGUUGUGGUGGAUGUACCAGUCAUAACAGAUAAUCCUGAAAAUCCAGAAGAUCCUACAGAUAAAGGACCGCUCUACGUGCUGGACACUCCAACUGUGGUGGGCAUCGCCUUUGCUGCCUUUGUGAUUGGGGCUCUGCUGACCGGAGCCCUGUGGUUUAUCUACUCACACACAGGUGAGACAGCUGGCACACAGCCGGUCCAGAAGCCUCAGCCUGCCUCGGAGAACAGCAGUGCGGCCCACAGCAUCGGCAGUACGCAGAGCACGCCGUGCUCCAGCAGCAGCACAGCGUAGCCCAGGACGCCCACCCAGCAGGAAGCGCAGCCCGGCCGCCAGCACAGGAAGGGCCCCAACGGUUCACAGGAACCGGUUUGUUGAUCUCCUUCCGUGAAAGGAAUUAUUUUUGGGGAUGGGACGCGACGGAGUGAAAGUGUGAUUAUAGAAAUCAAGAAAAAGAUAUAAAACACUUUUAGUUCUUGUGUAAAGCUGUCGCCACUUCGAGUGUGCGCAGACAAAUGUAUUGCCCUGGUGUUAAUGUGUGUAACAGUUCCGAGACACAGCUUGGCAGGCUUGCCUCACAUCAAAAAACAAACAACAAAAAAGAACUCAAACUAAUGUGAGUUUAUGUCCAGGCAUUUAUUUCUAAUCCAAAUGCUGUUUUUUUUGGGUUUUUUUUUUUUUUGUUUUUUUCCAGAUCCCAGCCUUUUGUUUUGACCUUAAAUGGUGUGAUUUAGGCUGCUUGUACCCAACAGGUGUACUCCAAGUAGUGAGCAAACGCAAUAAGGCUGCAGUGAUGUCAGCAAGUGAGAUGUUGAUGGCUGGACCAUAACAUGUUACUUUAUGAUGUGCAAGUGAGAAAGGGGCAAAGAAGCAAAGCAACCACUAUUAACAUGCGGACAGAUGUGCAGUAUGUCAGUCUGUGACUUGGCGCAGAGAGACAAUGGCUUUUAAAUGACAGUGUAGUUAUUGAAUGUAUUCAGAACACGCCAAAAAAAUGUGAAAGGUAAAUGUGAAUGAUAUGCUGAUAAAAUUCUUCAUUUUAUAUUAAUUUCAGACUUUUUUCUUUCUAUAUAGUGAACUCAUACACAUAUAGUAUAUAUAUAUAUAUAUAAAUAUGUAUAAUAGUAUAUUAGACAAAAUCUAGGUCUAAGCUAAAGGUCUAAUGCUGAGUCUCUGUUUCAUUCAUGUUACGCAACUUAACAGCGGCAUUAUGGAUCCCUUUUACUAGCCGUUAUUGGAACUAGGUAAAUGAGGAGAUGGCUAGCUCUCUCAUGUGUUGAGUAUGGAGCUGGUUCCAGGUGGUAAAUAGCCUAGCUUAGCAUGAUAUCGGCAUUUUUAAGAAAACGGUUAAACCACAGAACUACACCCACUUAUUUUCAUUAUUUCUGUCUGUUAAUUAAAACCAGGCAGUGGGUGGUUGUGGUUUAGCUUAACAUAAAAACCUGAAGACAUUCAUGUACCAACUUUCACUUUGGACACUCAUUGCUAACUUUUUCCCCUCGUGUGGUUUUGAAAUGCUAAUCUUAGCUCAUCACCUACCACCUGUAUCUGUUCUAAGUGUUUUAAGAUAAAAAUUUGCAUUCGAUCUCUUUAAUCCUACACUUAACAAGCAUAAAAAAAAAACAAAAAACAUCAACCACAUUAGAGGCACUUUCAUGAUCUAACUUCUUGUUGAAUGGUUCCUCAGUUUCCCUCUUCCUCCGGUCUUUAUGCUAAGCUACGCUAACCGCUUCCUGUACUCGACGUAGGGAUGUUAAAGUGGCAUUGAUCUUUUCAUCUUACACUCGGCAUAUCUCCAAAUGUUGAAUUAUUCUCACCAGACUUGUAUAUUUUUGUGAAUAAUGUAAAUAGUCGAAUCUGCAGACAUGUAGGCAAAUUCUGUUUUUCCGUCUCUUGACAUGGGUUAACAGAUCCAUUUCAGUCCACGAACGCAAUUUCUCAGUUUCAAAGUCAUGAAAUAUGAAUCACAGUGCUGAAUGAUGAUGGAUUUAACUUUAUACUUUAAUCUUAAAGGAUGUGAACUGGUUAUCAUACGUUAGAAACGCUCGUCUUCACGGCUUCCACUAUUAAACAAUCUGAAAAAAAAGAAAAGUGAAAUACAGCCCAGACCAAAUAAUUGAAAAAAGAAGCACAGGAUCAUUUGAAAGUCUUUCAUUUGUGAUAAAACGGUGAUACCCUAUCUUCAGCCAGAGUCCAAGUCAUUGUCAUUUUAGCAAGGCAAUUAUUAUUAUUUUAUUCAUCCCUCUUGUUUUUGUUUAAAUCCUGGCACUGAUCCUGUGUUGAAUAAGCUGAAGCUCAUUGUUACUGACAUAUAUUGUCAUGUUUUCUUCAAACUUCAACACCGCGGCUACCCCACCCUCUCAGAAGAAUAUGAAUGUUUGCUAUGUGUGUGUAUGUGGAGGACAAACUGGGGCCCUUGAAUCCGCAAAGGGAGGUUCUCCUGUAACGAUUUAACUGGGUCUCGGAAAAAGAAAAAAAAAGAAAAAAGCAGAAUGUAUAUUCUCUCGAAGCUUUCUCUUCCCUUAUGUAAACAUGUAUAAAGCUUUUUACAGAGAGUAAAAAAUCUAUAUAUUUGUGUAUAAAAUUAUAUUUUGGAAUAUAUUUACCAAGAGAAAUCUAUAUUAUAUGUGUGUAAGUACUGUGAAUUACGGAUGUGCUCGUACAGGACGUGUGUCUGUGUGUGUGGGAGGAAGUAUUUAGAAUAUUCAGUAAAGCCUCAUGCCAUGGUUUAUGACACUUGAAAAUUGAAUACUACUAUUUAUAACACAAAAUCGGAUCAGACACUAUGUAUUUUUUAUAUUACCUGAUGUGUCUUAAAACAUGUAAUGAGAUUAUAGUGAAUAUUAUAGUAGUAGUAUGUUUGAAUCAUGGAACACAGCUCUUUCUUUAAAAUAAAUAAAUAAAUAAAUCUCACGUUUUGUCAUCUGGUUGGGCAUCAUUUAGAUUUUUCUACUUUGCAAUACUAAGUCGUUACUGAAGCCGUUCCAGACGGAUCACUGCUUGUAUAAAUAACUUUUAUAUGAAGUAAAGAAAUCAGAUGUUUUAUAACCUUUUCAAGAUGGAAUAUACCUUCGAUACCCAUUGCAUACCAUCGAGCACAUUAAAGUAUAUAUUCUUGUACAGUGACAUUAAAUGAUGAUUCUUCUGAGGUUGUUUUAGUGUCUUGUCGUAAAAAACCCAGAUCCCCGACUUGUUUCGGUUCUUAAGUUGUCAAAAACAUGGCAUAUACGUAUACCCUUAAAAUAAGAUUCAAAAUAUGAAAUCAAACGGGAGGAUUUAACCCAAAUCUGGAUUGAGGAAGUGGACUAUAUCCAAGGUAUCUGUGUUAGGAUACAAGAUGGAUAAAAUCCAGUUUUCAUUUGAUUCUAGAAAUCCAAUCCCAAUCCUGUUUCCAAUCGCACUUUGUACUGAGAUGUUUUAGAAGUGCUUUUUAUCCGCUUUUGUGCCAGAUGUGUCCGCCGCCAAAACCAAGCUGAAACCUUUGUUUCAUAAAGUUUGCUUAAAUAGUGCAAUGUGCCGCUGUUAGCACGUAGCAUUAUUGCAAACAACAAAUGGUUUAUCCCGCUGCACGAUGGACUGAAUAUUCCAAGUGUGUGCUGCAGGAGGGAACUGUGCCACAGCCUAUAAUCAGUGGUCACGGUGGGAUUGGGGUUUUCUGACAUUCCUGUAGUUUUGCGGAUUCUCUUAUCGACUGUGGUGAGCCUGUCUCCCACAUGUAAUCACCCCCCUCCUUUCGUGGUGUCAUGCUGUUAAGAGGCCGAGCCUCAAUAUCGAGCUCUGGAUAUAUAAUAUUUUCUUUUGACAUCAUUGAGCGACAUUCUUUCGGUCAAAGUUAACAACAGGGAGUCGCUGUUCAGCUAUUAACGUUCCUCCUUGCCUUUUGCCCCAGUGCAUGCUGGGAAGAACUCCCUCACUUCCUCCCUCAUGGCCAUAAACAGACAUAGAUAGUCUUAUGCUGUGUUAUCGAUCUCAAAUUUUUGAUGCUGUACCACACAAACGGGCUUCUCACAAUGCAUGUAGGGAAGUGGUCACUGAACGACUCACGGUUAAUGCUGAACAACUGUAACAACUGUAAUUGGAGCACAAAACCAUACAUCUAGUUGUUGAUUGUAUUUUUUUUUUUUUUUAUUAAACAAAUUGACUACCUCAUGUUUUUCUAUGAAUGUGUAUUGAGUGUGUGAGUUUUUUCAGUUCUAUAGAUUUGGAUUUAGGGGCCCCGUUGAGGUUUUAUUGCAGUUUCGUAUUUCAUUUUUCCGUUUUAUAAAUAAAAAAUAGAAAACAAUGAAGAGGUUAGACUUCCGCAUGAUGCCAAGAUUGUCUUUUUUUUUUGUUUUUUUGGCGUUUGUAAAUGUGUUUAACAUCAGUUAGCCACUAUUGUUUCCUUUGGUUUUUGGAAAUGUUUAUAUGUGUUUAUAUACGCUGUAAAUACGCAUGACGUUUGUAUACCCAUUACGAUCAAUAAAUUUUCAUGAUAAUUCACAAGA